AUGAGAUUCUCAGUUGUAAGUGUGGCAAUAUGCCUACACAUUGUGACAUUAGUCGAGUCAGUAGAUGAAGACACGGAAUCUGAUUCGUUCCAAGAAAGGAAUUCGGAAGAUAAGGAGCUGGAUCACCUAGGGCUGUUGAACUUGUUGGACGUAGAAAAUAUUACAAAGCUGUCAAGCAAAAAUUAUGAACAGAAGCUCAUAGCAACAGAGUUCUCAUUCAUAGUAAACCUAGGAGUAAAAGUGGAAGGAAUACUGCAAUCAUACCAAAAGUUAAUUGAGGAAAAUUUAGAAGAAGCGUACGAUGAAAUAGAAAACGAAAUGGAUCCAUUAAUGUACGACUUUGGAGUUAAAUUGAAGGAAUAUUUGGAUAUUCUGAACCUGAAGCUUGAAGAAAUGGAAGAACAAGGAGAAGAGUACGAAUCAAAAGUAGAAGAACCAAGGUCAUUUUUGAAUACAAAAUCAAUAAAAGAGUCAUUGGAAAUGGUUAAAAAGGUGUACAAUAUAGUAAACGAAAAAAUAGUAAUAAGCUGUGUAGACAAGGAAGUGAAAAGAAACCUACUGUGGACAGUGAAAAAUAAAAUGGUACUGUUCUCAUUGGGAGUAAAGAUAAUAUUCCUGAAAAUGGUUAACAAUUACGCAAGAGCAUGUAAAAUAAGAGAAAGAUUCUCAGAAACAGGAAUAAACUACCUGAUGGUGUUUGAUAGAGGAAUCAACGAAAGAAUCAAGGACCCGAAGAAGGAAGGAAGAAUAAUCUACUUCAACAGCUUCAUAGAAAACUACGAAAGCGCAACGGAAGAGUUAAUCCAGAGAGUAAUAUCACAAAUAAAAGAGAACGAACUGAUGCUGAAGCUGAAAGAAAAAACACACAAAAACUUUGAAAUGAUGCACAGAGACUUGGAAGAACAAAUAAAACCAAUACUAGGACUGAGCGGAGCAGUAAUGAAAAAUGUAAGAAUAUGA